UUUUUGUAUAGUUGUGAUUAUUGUUAAAUUAACGAUUGGAGUUAUUGAAAAGUGCUGAUAUCGUCAAGAUAGAACAGCUGCGUGCGUCGUUUGCAACACAGUUUUUUCCACUAUGUAACAAGUUCGCGUUUUAUAUCACAAAGAUGUCUGCGCCCAUGUUGAAAACAUUGCAAAAUACGGAGUGAAAUUAUUUUCGGGUUACACACCGUUUGGCUGUUAGAAUAGCAAUUUAGUUUAGGGUAAAUGGAAAAUGCAUCAUGUUAUAUGAGAAUGUUUUGUCUUAACAAAUUUUUUUGUCGAGAAACUAGCAAAUAACUUGUGCUGCUCAUCGUUGAGAUACGUUUUUGAAUUUGAGAAAGAGCCAAGGAAUGUCCCUUAUAGUUGUUGAACCGUUCCGGUCCUGUUCAUUUCUCAAUCAUGCCACCAUGACAGAGUCCCACAGUGCAGAGAGCCCCUUCCUACAGCCUCUGAGUUUUGCUUCAGAAGAAGAAACUUCUGAAAACAAGACGACUCAACUUCCAGAAAGAACCAAGGAAACUGAUGAAGUGAUUGUCCAGUGUUUCUUCUGUCAGUUGACAUUUAACUGCAGUAGAAUGAAAGACGAACUCCUAAAACACUUGGUUGAAGAGCAUAAAUUUGUGAUUGGUGAUGUGAAAUUGAUUGCUGAUUUUAAACAAUAUGCAGAGUAUUGGAGAGGGAGGUUCAAGGAACAGCCUUUGGAAGACUUUUGUAGUGUUAUCAACACGAAUACAAAGGAGACCGAUAUUGGUCCCAAGGAAUCCUACUACCUACUAUGUGAUUUGCUGCCAGAAGAUAAACAGCUGAGACAGAAGAUUCAGAGAGAAAAAUUGGUGCUUGUAUUAGAACAGCAGCAGAGGGAGAGAGACGACACAACUUUCUCCAGAAUGUGUUUAUUCUGCAGGGAGCUUUUUCAUGGAAACAGAUCAGAACUCUUCAAUCACAUGAACUCUGAGCACAAUUUCAAUGUAGGACUUCCAGACAACUUGGUAAACACAGAUGAAUUCCUGGAUUUACUGCAGGAGAAGCUUGACAACCUUCAGUGUCUGUACUGUGAGAAGAAUUUCAAGGACCGCAUGACCCUCAAAGAACACAUGAGGAAAAAGCAGCACAAAAGAAUCAAGCCACAAAAUCCUACCUAUGACAAAUUCUAUGUCAUCAAUUAUCUGUAUAGAGAGUGGACAGGCUGGACCGAUGACACUGGAGCCAGGGCUGUCUGUCUGUUCUGUUGCCAUGGUGAUACUGACAUGGACCGCCUCCUAGAACACAUGAAGGUGGUUCAUGGAUUUGACCUAAAAACUGUCAGGCAAGCAAAGAGGUUGAACUUUUAUCAACAGGUCAAACUGAUUAACUACAUCAGGAGACAGAUGCACCAGAACUGCUGCAUUCUCUGCUGUGAAAAGUUUGAAGCAAGAGAAGAUCUGAUUAGACAUUACACACACUCUGGUCAUGUGACUCAGUUCCCAGAAUCCUCAGACUGGGACCAGCCCCAGUAUUUCUUCCCAACUUUUGAAAAUGACAACCUACUUUGCGGGCUGGAGGAUGACAGAGAGGAUGAUGGGAAUGAAAGAGGGGGUGAUGGGAUAGCUGCUGACAAGGACUGCAACGUUGUGAUAGCAGAAGACACCCAAGUGCCAACUGAGUCAAUUUUAAAAGAGGGAACUGUUUUACAAGAGCUCAUAAGAUCCUGAGACUAAUUUGAACCUUAUGUGUACCCACACUCUGUGGUACUAAUAUACUAUGCAAAUUUUCAGGGUUAGAGAUCAGGCGUCAUCAUGCAUACUUAGACAAAAAUGACAAUUAUAUACUUUUUGCAUGCAGAUUAAUUAGCUUUACAACACAUGCCUUUAGAGACAGACAGUAUCAAACCCAAAAAGAUGACUCUCCAGAGAAGACUUGUGUAAGUUAUCUCACAACAAAAACUCGUUUGUGAGGUUUUGAGUGGAGUUCUCUAUUCCUUGAAACAACCUACUAGAACCAGUCUUAUAUACCUGAGACCGGCAUUACCUGCAAGUUACAGAUAGAAAGUGAUAAAGCAAUUAUUAAAAAAAUAGCAGAAAAAGUCAUAUCAUGAAAGAGUCAUCAACAAAUGGCCCAUACUUACCCCAUUGAUUUCACAAUAUCCUAGGACAGAUGCAUGUACCAAGAUUAAAGUUUGAUGUAUUUAAUAUCAUAAUCUUAAGCCUUAAUUUUGUGUUGGGGUUAAACUAUCUUUCAUGGCAUUCCUAGGUUCCGUUACAUGAAGGUCCUUGGGAUUUGUAAAGACACUAUAUUCUAAACUUAUUAUGGCAGUUAAGCCUGGAUUAUGUACAAUAACAUCUGAAACACUCUCUUUCUCUGCAGUACUAAAAAAUAUUCUGAUUUGAGAAGUCAAGUACAAUACAUAUCUUUUCUCUUAGAGUUAACUGUUAGUUUAUUGCUGUUUAACUGGUUGUUUAGAAUUCGACAGUGUUCAUGCCACAUCAGUGGCAGCUUUGAACCAUUCAGUUACAAUGCAUGUCUUAAACAUAUUGUCA